GGCGCAGGCGCAGAUGCAGCGGCUUUAGGGCGGGCGUGCCGGCUGAGGCUACCUUGGCGGUGCCGAAGCUGCUUCUUUUUCCCCUUCCUCUCCCUGGUCUUCUCUGGGUGGUUUACUUGGUUUAGUCAUUGGUGAACUUGCACAUGGCAGUGAAAAUUUUGAAUGUGGUAUGUGCACAUUCCCAGCUGAAGUCAAAGGUGUUGGUUGUUUGGGGUUUCAGUAACAGAUGUUUUUGGUGCCUCGGGUUCUGCAUUCUCAUGCUUUCAGUGGCCACUCAGACAGGUCCUAAACUGAGUCCUCAGUUGCUCUAUAGUGGUUCCAAGUAUGAAGAGGCUGGUGUGUUUCACAGAGGAAACAGACCCUACUUUCUUCAAAGAUUGGCUUUGCCUCGGUCUUACUAAACUCUUCAUCUAUGGUUCCUGUUAUUUUGCGUUUAUACUUCAAUGGAGUUAGACACAGCAGCAUACAAAGUCAGUAGGAAAUGAAUUCUUUCUCUUGAUAGGUUGAAGUGCUUGGUCUAAAGUCAACCCUAGGUUGGCUCAGACAGAAAAGUGGAAAGAAAUGCUGAACUUUACCAGAUGUCAGCACCUGAAACAGAUAACGCAGAAGUGUUUUUCCAGUGUACCGGUUAUCGUGAGGACUCACACACAGCGCUUGCUCUCACGGGCCUUUGCGUAUGCAGGAUCAGGGAAGUCAUGGCGCUCAAUCCACUCUCUUGUUGGAGACAAAAAUAUUAUCCUGAUGGGGCCUCCUGGUGCAGGGAAAACGACGGUAGGCAGAAUAAUAGGUCACAAACUAGGCCGUUGUGUCAUUGACGUGGACGAUGACAUCCUGGAGAAAACCUGGAAGAUGAGCGCUUCUGAAAAAUUGCAGGAUGUUGGUAAUGAGCAAUUUUUAGAAGAGGAAGGAAAAGCCGUGUUAAACUUGUCAGCAUCUGGAAGUGUGAUUUCCCUCAGUGGAUCCAAUCCCAUGCAUGAUGCUAGUAUGUGGCAUCUGAAGAAAAAUGGGAUUGUUGUGUACUUGGAUGUACCUCUAGUGGAUAUAAUUAGUCGUCUGAAAUCACUGAAAGCUGGCAGGAUUGUUGGUCAGAACUCUGGAGCAUCCCUGAGAGACUUACUGCGGCACACAAGACUGUACUAUAAGAAGUGGUACGACACUCGAGUCUUCUGUGAGAGCGGGGCUUCUGCCGAGGAGGUUGCUGAUAGAGUGCUGGACGCGGUGAAAAGAUACCAAGAUGUGGAUUCAGAGACAUUCAUUUCAACAAGGCACGUGUGUCCUAAAGACCUUGACAAGAAGCCUCCACCAAAAUACUUCAGUGAAGCUGUGAUUGAGGGAUUGGCUUCUGAUGGCGGACUCUUUGUCCCUGAGAAGGAGUUGCCGAAAUUAAGCUGUGGGGAGUGGAAAAACCUAAUAGGAGCGACCUACAUAGAAAGAGCACAGAUCCUUCUGGAAAGGUGUAUUCACCCUGCAGACAUACCGGCCACCAAGUUGGGAGAAAUGAUUGAAACUGCUUAUGGGGACAACUUCGCCUGCUCCAAAAUUGCCCCCGUCAGGCAUCUGUCGGGCAACCAGUUCAUCCUGGAGCUGUUCUACGGGCCCACAGGGUCCUUCAAGGAUCUGUCCUUACAGCUCAUGCCUCACAUCUUUGCCUACUGUAUCCCACCAAGCUGCAAUUAUGUGAUCCUUGUAGCGACUGCAGGAGACACGGGGAGUGCGGUCUUAAAUGGGUUUAGCCACCUUAGUAAAAGUGACAAGCAAAGGACAGCUGUGGUCACAUUUUUCCCAGAGAAUGGAGUGAGUAGUUUUCAAAAAGCACAGAUAAUUGGCAGUCAGAGAGAAAACGGAUGGGCAAUAGGCGUCAGGUCAGAUUUCGAUUUUUGCCAGACAGCUAUUAAAAAAAUAUUUAAUGAUUCUGAUUUUACUGGCUUUCUGACUGUGGAAUAUGGAACAGUCUUAAGUUCAGCAAAUUCUAUAAAUUGGGCUCGGCUGCUUCCCCAAGUAGUUUAUCAUGCAUCUGCCUAUCUUGAUCUUGUUAGCCAAGGGUUUAUUUCCUUUGGAAGCCCAGUAGAUGUCUGCAUCCCCACAGGAAACUUUGGGAACAUGUUAGCAGCAGUCUAUGCCAAGAUGAUGGGGAUCCCUAUCCGAAAAUUCAUCUGUGCCUCUAAUCAGAACCAUGUUUUGACGGAUUUCAUAAAAACUGGACAUUAUGAUCUAAGGGAUAGGAAAUUAGCACCGACCUUUUCACCAUCAAUAGAUAUUCUCAAAUCUUCAAACCUGGAGCGACAUUUAUACUUGAUGGCUAACAAAGAUGGACAGUUAAUGGCAAAUUUAUUUAAUCAGUUAGAGAGCCAACUUCACUUCCAGAUAGAGAAGAUGCUCGUCCAGAAGCUGCAGGAGGACUUUGUUGCUGACUGGUGUUCUGAGGGGGAGUGCCUCGCAGCCAUCAGCAGUACCUACAACACGGCAGGGUAUAUUCUGGAUCCACACACGGCUGUUGCAAAGGUGGUUGCAGACAGGAUGAAAGACAAAACCUGCCCGGUGAUCAUCUCAUCGACAGCUCACUACUCGAAGUUUGCACCCGCUAUCCUGCAGGCCCUGAAGAUUAAAGAACUCAAUCAGACGUCAUCAAGCCAGCUUUACUUACUGGGUUCGUACAAUGCAUUACCACCGCCUCAUGAGGCUUUGUUAGAGAGAAUGAAGCACCAAGGGAAGAUGGACUACCAGGUUUGUGCAGCUGACGUGAACGCCCUGAAGAGCCAUGUGGAAAAACUGAUCCAAAAUCAGUUCAUAAGGAAGUCUGAGUAGAGUAUUUUUCUUGGCAAGAAGCAAAAAUAAAUCUUGAGAGUUGGUUGGGACUACA